UGCAAGAGUCCAUCCAAGCCGAAACAACAAUAUACAUGUAGACCAGAAAGCAGUGAAUUCAGAUUCAGAAAGCGAAAACAGAGACUGGAGCUCGACUCCAACUAGAGAAUCAAAAGAAUUGUCCAAGUCGACAUAUUCACAGUCAGCUUGUCACGAUGAGCAACUUUUGAACACUUUAAAUAAAUCAAAAUUGCUGAUAGGAUCGGGUGCAAUUCCAGAUAUGAGCCGAGGCGAGCUGAAGGCGUCCCAGUCUACUGCCCGGACAAAGCUUGACGUCGAUGCUCCAUAUGUGGGAAAGACUGUAGACCGGCGAGAUUCGAUGGGUACUGCUAAAUUGGAAAUCUGGCGUUGCCAGUUGACCACAGAACAGCGUGCUUGGGUGGGGGUUUGCAACAUUCUGGACGAUGAUGAAGAUCAAAGCGUGCUGAGUAAGGAUGUGCUUCCGCCCGAGAUAUUACAAGCGAUGAGUGAAUCUGUGUGUAGCAUGCAGAGCUCUUCCAUCCGCUUAAAAUCGCAAGCUUUGACUGAUAUGAGCAUCGGCGAUGAUGAUAUUUCCGAAACGUCCGAUGAUCGCGAUUUGAAGAAGCUUUGCGGCUUUGUUGGGUCGAAUAACAAAAUGCCGUCAUUAAUGAACUCAAGUUUUUCGUCGUUCCAGUCGGAGAUUUCGGAAGCCACUGCAGUGUCGUUGCUGUCACAAGUUUCUGCUAAGAAUUUGAUUGUACAGGAGCAUGUUACAGACCAAGCGCUGAAAGGCUUUCUUGAAAACAUAGCGCAACUCUUGGAAAAGAAGAGAAUAGAGAGCAAAGCUGCAAUAGAAGUUGAGCGCCCUCACAAUAGCGAUCCUAUUUUCGAAAUGUUCUCGUGGAGUGCGAAGAAAAAUAUAGAUCAGCAAAAGGAACAGGAAGAAUACACGAGAAAUAAACAUGAACAAGGGGAAAAAAGUUCUCUCGAAACGCCGGACGAGGUUGACUACGGAUACGAAGACCACGAGCCUGCACCUUUUCCUCUGGAAGAUCAUUGCCAGACUUAUGAGAGCGGUAAUAGAGCAAUAUCAAACAGUUCCAGUGACGAGAAACCGCUUCAAUACUCCUACGAAGGAGACACAUCCAACCCAUACGGCUAUGGAGAAUGUCAACCUUCCUUUGUGAAAGCAACCUGCUGCGACGGACAAGAUCAUCUGAUCGUUGAGAAAAUAAAUGCCUACCAUGAAAACCCAUACCUUAAAGGUCCACCAUCCGCAUCGGUUGUGAGUACAAUGAACAGUUCGAUGCCCAGUCUGACAUCAGUUAAAGAAAGCGAAGUCUCCCAAGGGUCAAAGCUCAUGGCGUUAAAAUGGACGUCAUUUGGUGACUUGGACUUUGAAGCGACAAGCGGCGUUGACCAUCCCUUCCCGUUUCAACUAGAGCCGGAGGGAGAAGAAGAGAAUGUACAGAAGCCGGUUGUGAAAACGAAGCGAUCUGGGAAAAAUUCUCGAAAGAAGAAAGUCAAAGACGCAAAGAAGAGGAAAGUGAAGAGAGCCGCUCAGAAAGCCACCAACCCCCGGGCUCUCGACAGACUCAACGGUUGCGGAAAUGAAGAAGUUAUAUACAUGACACCAAAGCCGCAGUCUACGAAAACAAUAUAUGGGACAAAAGAGUUGCCGAAAUCGAUUCUAUCCCGCAAUAAUCCAGCUCCUAGCCCUGAGGGAUUCCCAUGUCUCCGCAAAGAGAAGAACAGGAAAAAACGCUACAAGGAGACAAAGAGCCCAUUUCAAGCCAUACGAAACCGUAUCCCCAGUUUGACCUUCUUUGGAAAAGGUCGAAGAGGUUCUCCAACUUCCGUGAUGAAUAUGGGUAGACAGGAGGCUCAUUUCUUCGAAGACUUUGAAGAGUACGUUGAAGAAGAGUGGGGAGGCCUGCUUGAUUAA